AUGUGUGUGAGGAAGUGCAGCCAGAUCGUGGGGCCCUGCCUGCUGGUGCUGGGCACGCUGGCUGUGGCAGCCAACAUCCUCCUGCUCUUCCCUGGUGGUACAUCCAAGUACCUGCUGGAGGGACACAUCAGCAAACACGCCAAGGCCGUGCCAGCUGCAUUUUCCUUCCCACAGGUGCUGCUGGCAGCGACCCACAUCACAGCGUUGGGGUGGCAAUGCUCUGGCUGCUCCGGCUGCGCGACCCGGCCCAAUGCAUUCAUCUCCGCUGUGCUCUCCAAGCUGGCACUCCUGGGUGCUGCUGCCUGUUUCAUCUUCUCUGGGGUGGGUUUGACCAACGGACCUCUCUGCUUCUACAACACCUCUGAGCACGGAGCCCUCUGGGAUUACCCCUUCCUGGACAGUGGCAGCCAGGAACCUGAUGCCAGGGCUGAGAACUACCUAUACAAUCGGCACACCUGGAGCAUCUGCCUGGAGCCAGAGGGCAUCGUGGCUUGGAACGUUGUCCUCUUCUCCCUCCUGCUGCUCGUCAGCAUGGCUGAGAUGGUCCUGGCCUCCAUCCAGAUCCUCAACGGCUUCCUCGGCUGCCUCUGCGGCUUCUGCGAGGGGAAAUAG